AUGGAAAGUAUCGAUUCAGAUGAAGAAUUGCAGCAGGCAUUUGCUAAGGAUGUGCUGAAACCAGGCUUGAACCUUGAAGUGGCUCCAAAGAAAGAAUUUAUUAAUCGAAAGAAUGAUAUGAAAGCCGUGUUGGAAAAAUUUAAACAGAACCUUGACUGGAUUGAACGCCUUGAUUUGACCACAAAGCCACCAGCACCAGAGGAGGAGGAAGAAAAGGCUUCCCCUGAAGACAAAAGUGUCCACGAUGAUUUCCGAAGAGAAUUAGCAUUUUACAAACAAGUCCAAGCCUCAGUGCUGCAGGUUUUACCAAAACUGAAUCGCCUUGGCAUCCAAACUCGUCGACCAGAUGAUUAUUUUGCAGAAAUGGCAAAAUCUGAUCGACACAUGAAGAGAAUCCGUGAGAAAUUAAUUGCAAAGGAAAUCUCUAUGGAAAAAUCGGAAAAAGCGAAAAAAUUGAGACAAGCUCGCAAAUUCGGCAAACAGGUACAAGUGGAAGUUUUGAAGAAAAGGGCCCAGGAAAAGAAGAAAAUGCUGGAAGAAGUGAAAAAAUACAGAAAAGGUCAAAAAGAUAAACUCGAUUUUAUGGUUGAUCUCGAAGAUGAAGAGAAAAAGAACAAGACAAGACGCCACCAGACUAAGGCAACCCAGAAAAAGGAACAGUUCAUGCCCAACAAGAAACGGCAACACAAAAAUGAACGUUUUGGUUUUGGAGGCCAAAAGAAACGCUCAAAGUCGAACACAGCUGAGAGUUUUGAUAAGAUGACACCAGUUGAAAGCAUGAUGAUGAAACAAAGUUCACGCCGACAUCCAGGCAAGAAACCGGCAGCAGUCAAGAAGGGUAAAAAGCAACAGCGUCCAGGUAAAAACCGAAGAUUACAAAACAAAUUCAGAAAUAAGAAUAAGAGAAGGAUCUGA